AUGCGCAACGCCAAGACGGCCGGUUCAUUUUCGUCGGUCAUGGGAUUAUUGACUGCAUCUGAGGAGGAGCAAGGUGAUCUUGUCGCUGCUGCGAUCAACGAACAGGUUGUCAAAGGCUGCUGGGGAGUCGGGGAUAGCAACGUCAGUAGCUUGCUCGACUUUCGACUCCCGGCAUCUGCUCCCUCAGUCACCAUCUUUCUUUGGUCCCAAAGCCUCGAGCAUAGGGCCUGUCUGAGCACCAUGAGUUUCCAGGGCGCUACAACUUACCCGUCGCAUUCCCGCCGAGACCAGCUCGGAGGCUACCUGCCUAUUGAGGACUAUGGAAUGAUUGGCAACAUGCACACGUGUGCCUUGGUAGGCUUGGAUGGGAGCAUCGACUACAUGUGUUGGCCUGUCUUUGACUCUCCUACGAUCUUCUGCCGCCUUCUGGAUAAAGACAAGGGCGGUUAUUUCAGCAUCGCUCCUCGAGCUGGCCUCACUUGUACGACGAAGCAGCAGUACCUGCCCUCAUCAUGUAUUCUGCAGACUCGCUACAUCCACGAAAUUGGCGUGGUGGACCUUGUGGACUUCUUCCCCCGUCCAAAGAGUGCCCAUGUCAUGACGAGGGAGUACAAGCAAGGUGCCUAUCGCGAGGCGGCUCCGGUUCAGGAAGAAUUGAAAAAGUGGCUUGUCCGGAGGGUUGAGUGCAUUCGGGGAGAACUCGAAAUGGAUGUCGAGAUCUUCCCAGCUUUUGGGUACGCAAAGGAUCCUCACAUGACAACCCUUCUACAUGAGCGUCAUACAUCCCAUAUGGAAGAGAGCAAAGUGGCCACAUUCCACAGCAAGGACGUCCAGUUUCAACUCGAUGUUGCCAUACAACAGAAUGAAGACAUGAAAAGCUGCCCCACGACAUCGUUCAAAAAGGUUCGCAAGCCUGGGAUGCUAUCAGAGGGUCUCGUGGCACGUGUCAAAGUGGUGGAGGGUCAAGCCAUUUCGUUCAUUCUGCGCAAGGACAUGGAUAAUCACAUUACGAAACACAUCACAGCUCUGGUUGUCGAUUCUCAACAGCACGACACGCAAGACUUUUGGUCCAACUUCAUCAAACAGUCCAAGUACAGAGGUAGAUGGAUGGAGAAGGUAUCGAGGAGUCUGAUGAUCCUCAAAAUGAUGACUUACGAACCGACAGGGGCUAUUGUGGCCGCGCCAACGUUCUCUAUACCCGAGGAUGUCGGGGGCGUCCGCAACUGGGAUUAUCGAUACACCUGGGUUAGGGACUCGAGCUUCACAAUCUACAUCCUGCUGCGCCUGGGUUUUCGGGCCGAGGCUGACGCAUUUAUGGAAUUCAUUAUGGAGAGAUUUACCCAGUCUAGGCUUCCGGACGGCGCGUUACCCAUCAUGUUCACCAUUCAUGGCGAAACCGAUAUUCCCGAAAUCACGCUGGAUCAUCUCGAGGGAUAUCGAGGCAGCCGUCCUGUUCGCAUCGGCAACGGGGCAGCUUUCCAUCAGCAAUUUGACAUCUACGGGGAGCUGAUGGAUGGUAUCUACUUGUACAACAAGUACGGCAAACCGGUACCUUGGGGUGCGUGGAAAGCUGUGAAGAGGAUUCUAGACUAUGUUUUGACUAUACUUGGACAACCGGAUAUGUCAAUCUGGGAAGUCCGGAACCACAAGCAGCACUUCACCUACUCGCAGAUCAUGCUAUGGGUGGCCUUUGAUCGAGGCUUGCGCCUCGCUGAUAAACGAUGCUUCCCUUGUCCGAACAGAAACGCUUGGAUGAAAGCGCGAGAUGAACUGUGCGAGGAAAUCAUGGAGAAAGGGUACAACGUGGAGAUGAAUUCGUUCAUCCAAAGCUACGAAAGCAACACCACACUUGAUUCUUCAAUCUUGAUUGCCCCGCUGGUCUUCUUUAUUAGCCCUUGCGACCCUCGCUUCCUCAAGACACUGGAUCGCAUCCUCCUGCCUCCUGAAAAGGGGGGACUCACUAGCACCGAUCUGGUUUAUCGCUACAAUACCGAACUCUCACAGGACGGUGUGGGCGGGCGCGAAGGUGCCUUCAGCAUGUGUACGUUCUGGCUCGUAGAGGCCAUGACCCGCGCCAGCGUCUACGAGCCAAAGUACAAAGCUCGCGCCGUCAGUCUGUUUGAGAACAUGCUCGGGUUUUCGAACCACCUGUGCAUGUUCUCUGAGGAGAUUGCCAGGAGUGGAGAACAGCUUGGAAACACGCCCCAGGCGUUCAGUCACAUUGCGCUGCUCAGCGCGGCGUUCAACUUGGAUCGAACGUCGGAUGAGCUACCGUAG